GCAUGCUUAUCAGGAGAGAGUGGCGUGGAGUCAGUGCUAAUUGGUGUUGCUGGACCUUUGGGAAAAUGACCGCAAGCGAGUGACUCGCUGACUUUUAAUUCUUUACGGAUUCUUUUGGGUGGGUUAGCCUGUUAUGUUCCAAGCUGAAUGUGCCCCCAGGAGGAGAGGAGUUUGUCUUUCCCAGAGAGAUGGCCCCGAGCCAGCAAGUUCACGCUGUCAGCCUGUGCAGCGGCUGUUGCAGAACUAGUAACCUUUCCCCUGGACCUCACGAAAACGCGACUGCAGAUCCAAGGUGAAGCUGCUGUUCAUCGGUAUGGAGCCGCUGCCGGAAGAGCUGUCCCCUACCGUGGCAUGCUACGUACUGCAGCAGGGAUUGUUGAAGAGGAAGGCUUACUGAAACUCUGGCAAGGAGCUACGCCUGCUGUCUACAGACACAUAGUAUACACAGGAGUGCGGAUGGUUACAUAUGAACAUCUUCGUGACUCCGUGCUUGGCAGAGCUGAAGACAAGAGCUUUCUUCUUUGGAAAUCUGUAGUUGGAGGAAUGGCAGCUGGUGCUAUUGGUCAGUUUUUUGCCAGUCCAACUGAUCUGGUGAAGGUGCAGAUGCAAAUGGAAGGAAAGCGGAAACUAGAAGGGAAACCAUUACGAUUUCGUGGAGUGCACCAUGCAUUUGUGAAGAUCCUGUCUGAAGGGGGAAUUCGGGGCCUUUGGGCAGGUUGGGUGCCAAAUGUCCAAAGAGCUGCUCUGGUAAACAUGGGAGAUCUGACUACUUAUGACUCAGUGAAACAUUUUUUACUUCUGAACACACCACUUCAGGACAACAGUGUGACUCACAGCAUUGCAAGUGUGUGUUCUGGUCUGGUAGCUGCAAUCCUGGGAACUCCUGCUGAUGUCAUCAAAACACGGAUAAUGAACCAACCAAGAGAUAAACAGGGAAGGGGACUACUGUAUAAGUCUUCUACAGACUGCUUGAUUCAGGCUAUACAAGGUGAAGGAUUUAUGUCUCUAUACAAAGGCUUUUUACCAACCUGGAUGCGAAUGGCUCCUUGGUCAUUGGUGUUCUGGCUUACCUAUGAACAAAUCAGAAGGAUCUGUGGAGUUCGUUCUUUUUAAGGUCUUGAAAGCAUCUACUAAUCACAUAAAAAAUAAAACAGAAUUGGAAAUCCAGUGGGUCAUCAAUAAAACAACCAAUCCCUAUGGAAACUGGCUAUUUUGGGAGAUUGGCAGUAGUCUCUCAUCUUUAAGUCAUCACUUCAAAUUUAGGUGGAUGGGCAGUGAUUCAAUGUUACCUUCUGAUUGCCACUUGACAGACUCUUGAGAGUUAGCAAAAGUGGUCACUUUGAAGGGCAACCACCUCUUAAAAGGUUUGCACACAGGAGAGCAUUGGCUGUUGGCUGGAUGCCCAGGUUGGCCACUCUCACCAGCAGUGCUGCUACCAACAACAGCACAAAAGUACAGAUGGUGUGGUAUGGUAUGCUAGUCAACUACUGAUAAGUGAAGAUCAAUUUCUCCUACAGGUUUGUUUUAAUGGAUAGGAAUAAGAAAAUGUGGUCACUGGUUGCAGGUGACCAUCUGGUCACUCUUCACAGGUAAAUUACAGGGGGAAAACUUUCCAUGGCCUCUGCAAGUAGUCACUCAUGAAAGAUGGUCUCUCUUAAGAAGUAGUUGCUAAAGCAGGUUCUACUAUAUAGUGUUGGUAGUCUCCACAAAAGGGUCUAUUACAAAAAGCAUUACUCCAACUGGCAAAGUGUCAGCCAUGCCAGAAGAGGCAGCAGAGGCAAAACAAUACACUAAGGGUACGUCUAGACUACAGGCUUUUGUCGACAGAUACUGUCGACAAAGCUUCUGUUGACAAAGAGCGUCUAGACUACGUU